GAACGCGACAUUUCAGCAGCAGGACAAGAAAGCCAUGUUGUCGUUCAGCACUGGAUCUAUGCAGACUAUGUACCCACCCGACGGCCUCAACGGAGACAUUAACGUCACACUGUGGCCCCUACAGAACGGCGUGCUUCACUUCUGUGGGUUCCAGGUGCUAGCCCCCCAGGUGUUCUGGUGUCCGGGACACRGCCCCCCCGCGAAUCGUACAGCCAUGCUGGAUGGCUGGAGGGCCAGGCUGAAGACCCUGCUGGUCGAGCGACCCCUGACCUUUGCCCCCUGCGAGAUGUUUGACCUGACCUUCCCCGGGGGCUUCGUGCUGCGGCCGGAGGUCAGGGAGGAGCAGAGCACCCGCCCCCACGGCAUCACCACCGGACACCACCUGGGGAAACCACUCCCCCCUGACAACCAGCUGAAGGCUGAUAACCCCUCCCCCCUGACAACCAGCUGAAGGCUGAUAACCCUUGGAUAAUUAUUUAUCCAAUAGAACCCAGAGAGUGUUCUUCAGGGGAAGCUUCUCUAACAUCAAAUAUGUAAAGUGCGGUGUCCCUCAGGGCAGUUGCCUUGGGCAGUUACUCUUCUCGAAUUUUUCAAAUGAUUUGCCACUGGUCUUACACAAAGCUAGAAUGACUAAGUAUGCAGAUGAUUCCACACUUGACACAUUAGUAUCAGGUGAUUAAUAUUAAAAACAUUCUCUAAGA